AUGACCGACCAUGAAUCUCUGGACUUAAAGCAGAAUCAAGAAGGCGGUGGCGUUUGUAGACGUCAUAGCUUAAGCAGCGAACAAGAUUCGAGCGUGGAAGAUAACAAUGAGCAGCCUAGUUCGUAUGAGGAAGAAACGGACGAUGAUAUGCAGUAUUAUGAGCGUUCAAUUCAAGAAAUUUCCAAAGGUGACUCAUAUAUUUGUAUGAUUUGUACAGUAGAAAUGGAUUAUACAUGUCAGAUGUUCGCUUGCAAGAGAUGUUAUAGAGUAUUUGAUUAUGGAUGUAUAAGGGAAUGGGCAAUAAAAUCGACGGAAAAAACCGUAGACAGAAUAUGGAAAUGUCCAAACUGUUAUCACGUUGGCAAAAAAGUUCCAGCGAAUAAUAGGCCCACAUGCUGGUGUGGCAAAGUCGUUAAUCCUGACCCUAACCCAUUGGAUCCUAAUUCAUGCGGACAAACCUGUAGCGCUCCUAUUUGUAUUCAUGGCUGUUCCAAAACUUGUCAUUUGGGACCGCAUCCAGAAUGCACAAGAAUGGUCGAGAUUAUGUGUCACUGUGGGAAACAUUCGCAAAGUAUAUUUUGUUACCAGUCCAAGGCUAUGAAAAAAAAUUUCAAAUGUCAAGAAGAGUGUGGAUUACCUCUAUCUUGUUCAGUUCACAAUUGUAAAAGGAAAUGCCAUACCGGCUUAUGUGGGCCAUGCCCAGAAUUGAUUACUAGUAAAGAUAGCACUGAAGAGCAAAUAAAAUGCUAUUGUGGUAACCACUCUCGUGCUAGCAUAAAGUGUAGUGAAGCAAGGUUUCCAAAAUCUGGUAGGUCCUCAAAGGAUGGAAAUGGAAAUGAGUGGAUUGGUGUAUUUGCUUGUACAGAUAUUAGAACAGUUGAUUUUUCAUGCCGCAAACAUUCAUUCAUCGAACCCUGCUUAAGUCCACCCUCAGUCAAUGGUAGAAAGGUAUGCCCUUUUCUACCCAGUUUACUAAAGACAUGCCCUUGUGGUCGGACAGCCCUGGACGAGCUAACCAAACCUCGUAAACAUUGUGAUGACCCAAUACCGACGUGUAAUUCAAGGUGCAGUAAACCGUUAAAAUGUGGCAAACAUUCGUGUCCCUUCAUUUGUCAUGAUCUGGCCUGUAUGGAUCCCUGUUUACAAAUUGAUAGUGCAAAAUGUGCUUGUGAGCAAAGCACAUUUUCAGUUCCUUGUGGAUUUCAAGGACGGCCACGCUGUAACAUUAAGUGCGAAUCUCUGAUGUCAUGUCGUAGACACAGGUGCACUGACAGGUGCUGCAGUGGUAGACCAUCGGCAGUAAAAAGAAGAAAAAACUUCUUUAGAUCGCAAGAUUUGUUAGACGAGUCUCUUGUGGAAGCAAAGCAUAUCUGUUUAAAACCCUGUAACUUAACAUUAUCAUGUGGAAUUCAUAAAUGUCAGAGAAAAUGCCACCCCGGGAAAUGUCCACCCUGUUUAGAAAGUGAUUCAAACGACCUAAUUUGUCCUUGUGGCAAAACAGUUGUUCCUGCACCCGUACGUUGUGGUACAGAAUUACCAGUAUGUAACCACCCAUGUAUUAAAGUUGUGCGCGGUGAAUCCAGCUGUGGCCACAAACCAAUGCCACAUACCUGUCAUCCUUUGGGUGUACCAUGUCCACCAUGUACAGAAACCGUAUUCAAACCUUGUAAAUGUGGGAAAAAAGAUAAAGUGAGAACAGUUUGUUUCCAAAAAGAUGUAUCAUGUGGUACAAAAUGUGGAUUACUACUGCAUUUUUGUCGCCAUACUUGUCAAAAAACAUGUCAUUUGCCAGGAAACUGUCAAAAGGUCUGUAAGCAGAUCUGUGGACACGAAAGACUUAGCUGUAGACAUACAUGUCCUAAACCAUGUCAUGGUAAAACAGAAUGCCCUGAUUUACCUUGCCCUACACUAGUGAAAAUUACUUGCAAAUGUGGCAGGAAUGAAAAAAGCGUUACCUGCAGUGCAAAAAGUGGUGUGGUUCCUGCAAACGAGUCUUCUGUAUUAGACUGCGAUGAAGAAUGUGAGGCUUUAAAGCGACUAAAAGAGUUGAGAGAGGCGUUUGGAAUCAAAGAAGAAUCCAACAACGUUACAAGCAAUGAAUUAGAUGCGCUAAAGAAACUCGUGUCUGUCGCUACGACGUUCGAAGAACUACACUUACCGUUUACAGAGACAACAUUAUCAGUGUAUUCUAAACAAGAGAGAUGGUGUUCACAAAUCGAAGUUAUUCUUAAUAAGUUAAUGGACGAUAAAACCCGUUCAAGCCUGCACUUCAAACCUAUGAGGCCUCCCCAGCGCCAUUUCAUUCGUGAACUGGCCAAAGCUUAUGGCUUAUAUUCCGAGUCUCAGGAUAGAGAACCUAUGAGAUCUGUAUUUAUUAAGAAGGAGGAUAAUGGUACAAGCAAUAAACCUGUUUUAUCAUUAGGAGAAGCUCUCCCACUAUAUGAAUCUUUUAAACAACUGCAAAAGGAACGGAAAGUACAAGAAUUUCAAUCCCGUACUACAGCUAAACUAAUCAACUUUGAGGUCCAAGAUGCGCAGCCCAAAGUAGAAGUGGCCAAGAACAACGGAUUUUUAGUUCGAAACUUAGUAACUGGGAACACAGUUGAAGAUCUGAAGAGAUUUUUCGAACCACAUCUUAAGCAUACGCUAGUUGUGAAUCCUCAGUAUUUAAUUCUUGACGAUGGCAAAACAGCAUUAGUGUACCCUGAAAAUUAUGAAACAGCUUCUGUGAAUACCGAACGCGACAUGGAGCUUUUGGUCGGACACUUUGACUUUAUGGCCAAAGAGGCAUUUUUGGCUGAUUCUAUUUUACUAUGUUCAACUGAUGAAGAGGUUGGGAAAAGGUUAGAUACCCCAGUUAUUCAAGAAGAUACUUCUAUAGAGGAUAAGAACAAAUGA